UUAUAUGCCGUAGUCGCUUCGUGUCCGUCGUGCAGAGUGGAGGAGCGGAAGGACGCGAGAGAGAAAGAGAGAGAAGUGAAGUCGCUCGUGCGUCGGAUGUAUGUACGCGAAGACGCGUCGUUCGGGGUGCGUCCGUUCGUCUGUCCGUCUGACAUUCUGCGCUCCUGCCUUUUUUUCCCCGCGGCGCGGAAAAUUGCGGACGGACAAUCGCGCCGUAUUCCGCGCGCGCGAUCGCGCGCUUGACAUCAUAGCCACCCGCGCCAUUCGCUUGGCUUGGCUUGCCUUGACUUGGCUUGGCUUGGCUUGGUUUGGCACGGUUUGGCUCGUCUCGGGUCAGCUCGGUUCGGCUUGGUCUGUCAGUCGCUCGCGGGACGCAGAAUGACGCAGUAGACGGAGAAGACAGUGGUAUCAUCGGCGGCGGUGACGCGUGCGCGGAGUACAGUGUGGCGGAUUCUCUCUAUCUCUCUCUCUCGCUCUCCAUCACACACGUACCACACGCGACUUCUCCCUUCUCUGUCUCUCCUCUCGCACAAUGAGAAAACACGGUGAAGUCUCGCGGUGAAGUAGGUAAAAUUAAUUUGGGAAUAAAAAAUGUCUGCGGAAUCGCCAAGGCGAGGUGUGCAUAAAGGAGCUCAAGUUGUUUCACCUCAGCCUAUAGUAGAUCGAUCAAUUAUUGAUAGUGUUGCUGGAAUCAUCAAUGACAUAGUACCACAGGGGUAUGCUGGAGUAUCCAACUCUGAUAAUAAGGAAACCAUAUCAUGGGCGCGAUUUGAAUAUGCGGAUAUAAAUGACCCCGCUUUAUAUCCCGAUUACAAUGAAGGUUCCAGUACACCACCGUUGUUAUUGGUAUUAGGAUAUGCGGUUGGUGUUCAGGUAUGGCUGAUAGCAGCGACGGGAGAAGCAACGGAAGUUCUAUCAUGGCGACAAGGUGUGGUUCGUACCCUUCGAAUUCUACCAAAUCCAAAGACUGACGACGAACACGUCGACGAAUUCGAAGCGAAACGGCCGAUGGUAGCAGUCUGCUCCGAGCCGGAUUCGACACUUCCGGGACCAAAAUUUUGCGACGUCAACUUCAUUUCCUUAAAAACCGGCGAACCGGUGCACAGUGUAGGCUUCAAACAUCCUGUCUGCGACGUACUGGCAAAUAGACGAUCCGUGGUCGUAACGUUAUUAGAAAAAAUUGCAGUCUUUGAUGCCAGAACAUUGCAAAAUAAUAUAACAAUCACGACCUGCUAUGCCAGCCCUGGCCCAAAUCCAAACCCUGUCGCUUUAGGAACACGAUGGCUCGCUUACAGCGAGAAAAAAUUAAUACCUGCGAGAAGAAGCAGUGGUGGUUGCGAAGGAGAAGGUGUUCAAAGUUACACAGCGACGGUUUUAUAUGCGGCAAAGUCACUGGGGAAAGGUCUUCGCGGAUUAGGAGAAACUGUAGCGUCGAGUCUCACUGGGAAUUCAGUAUCGCCGAUGGCUAUCAAUAACGCGGGCAAUGACGUGACGCAACCAGGCGUCGUUACAAUAUUAGACCUUCAGAUCGCGAAAGACGAGAAGGAGUUAGACGACACGAAUGCGGAUGCUGUAAUCGCUCAUUUUACCGCCCACAGUGAUGCGAUUGUUGCCAUGACUUUUGAUUUGACUGGUGCGUUAUUAAUGACGGCGGACAAGAGAGGACAUGACUUCCACAUAUUCAGAAUCCAACCGCAUCCUGGUGGACCGACAUUAGCAGCAGUGCAUCACCUGUAUAUUUUACAUCGUGGCGAUACCACUGCGAAAGUACAGGAUAUGGUAUUCUCAAGUGACACACGCUGGGCCGCGAUUUCAACCGUAAGAGGUACAACACAUGUUUUUCCUGUCGCACCUUAUGGAGGUCCUGUUGGCGUUAGAACUCAUUCCACGCCCAAUGUUGUCAAUAGACUAUCGCGGUUCCACAAAAGUGCGGGCUUGACGGAUGAUGGUACCCGAUCUCAUUCUCCUGUAUCUCAUACGGAAUUACCUUUGUCCGUAUAUCCGUACUCCAAUCCUAGACUUCCUCCGUAUCCUCAUCCAACGAUAUUGCACCCUAUGUCUCAGAUUCGGCAACCGUCUUCUUUGAAUCAGGUCAACAGCUCCACACAGCCAAGACCACAGCAAAGACAACGGUUACAUUCGGACGAUAGUGGUACUUUACCGUUGAAGAUUUGCGCGUGCUUCGCUCCACCGAGAGCCUGGAUGUACGCACAAAGGGAGUCCAGCAGCAAGGUUGUCAAAAGGGCGGUCGAUUCCUUGUUCAUUAUGGCAUGCCAUGGAAAUAUGAUACAAUACGAUUUGGAUCCUAAACCAGCCGCUGGAGUACCAAAGGAAAAAGUUUGCGACGAUACUACUAUUGAAUUGGAGGUUGAAGCAAAGGGCCAAUGGCCACUCUGUAGAUCUCCCAAUUCAUCGGAUCUUAUCCCACCUUUGUCUUUAUCGAAUCCAUUACUCAGUGUUUCGUUCGCGCCAAAAAACAAUCAAGAAUUUGAUACAGCCGAGGGUCGUUGGUUAAGUCAAGUGGAAAUCGUAACGCACGCUGGACCGCAUAGACGAUUGUGGAUGGGACCACAAUUUGUUUUUAAAACUUAUAACGCGCCAAGCGGUGUUGCUGUCAAUCUGGUUGAAGCGGAAGCAGUCGAAAUUGGAAUCACCGGAUCGCGUCCAGCAAGAUCGAAGCCCGUUAAUAUGCCCCAUGCAGCAUCUAGGCCAUUGAUGCCGGUUGUUAUCGAUGGAUCAGGAAGCAGUUAUGAGCAAUCGCCGAGAUUCGUGGAGGCUUAUGGUGAUCCUUUGGACAGCGAGAAUGUGGCCGUUGGUAGCUGUGAAAGUCAACUGAGAGAGGAUCUCGCGGAAGCUAUGCUCGAGAUAUCAAUCGCAUCGCAUCGUGCCCCAGGGAGGCGUACGGUAUUUGAGAGGGUGGGUCAGCCGGUAACUAAAGUCGUCAACCCUCACACCGGCACCGUGAUUACCGUGUCGGCCGACGAGGAUGAGGACGCUAUUAGCUCUAUACAGGAGUACGACUCCGCCGCGGAGGAGAUCCACGCACCUAGAAGCGUGUGCGCGGAGGAGGGUCCGGCCUCGCUCGGCGCGGCGGACCUCCCGGAUGAGCCGGAAAGUCGGGCGCUGAAUCGCGAGCUCACCGAGAUCUGUGCGGAGAUGCGCUCGGCAAGCGAGCCGGCGAUCGACAGUGUGCCUGACGAGAACAUACGCGAGCUGCAGGAACGUCGCGCCCUGUGCGCGGAGAUGGCGGCCACGACGACCAUGACGACGUCGAUCGACUACGAGAGGGAGGAGGCGUUUCGCGACGUGCCGACGAGUCUGAGCCUGUGCGCCGAACCAGGUGAGAUCCCGAGCAGUCCGAUGACGCAGGCGAAAGAGACCGCGUUAUGGUGCAGCAAGGGGAGAUCCGCCGACAAGCGGCUCGAGGAUUAUCGCAACGAGGCUCACGAGCGGCACCUCGCCAAGGCGAAAUAUGUUGUCAGCUACGACGAUGACAGCGUCACGUUAAUGGAGAACAAGACGAUGCGAAGCGAGAGGAACAUCGAGAUGCCGAGUGUAGACGAGAGAAUCAAAAAACCCAUCGCGAGAAGAGCUAUCGAGAAGAGCAUCGAUUCUGAAAAAUCUCAGAAACGUUCGGUCGAACAGCGGACGACGCGCGCGGAGAAAUACAUCAUCAAAGAGGACGAGGAUAGCGUCGUUAUCGAGGAUGCGCGAUGCGUGGACUCGAUGAUGACUGUUGGCGCGAGAAAAGAGAGAAGCGACGUCGAUAAGAAAAGAGAAAUCGAGAGCGCAAAAGACACCAAGAUAGCGAGAGACAAACACGAGAUGCCACGUAAAAACAACGAAUCGAAGAACCGUUUUUCUCCACGAGAAUCCAACGGCAAGGAUCGAGUUACGUCCGAGGAAAAGGGAAUUAAACGCACGAGAGAGAUAUCUGUCGAUUUACCCGAACCGACGGAAUCGGUUAUCGAUGCAAAAGGAAACUCCAUUAAAUUUACUUCGGAUAUGGAAAAAGCGAGACUACUGUCCGAGAGAACUAAAGAGAGCAACCACGACGACGAUGAUGACGACGAAUUGCCGCCGUUGGAUCCGCCGCCUCUGGACGAUUUCAGUUCUAUCGAAUAUCACAUGGUGGAGCCGUGCAAUUUCGGCAGAGAUGCCGCGUCAACGUCCACCCAGUCCGACGAUGAUAUCGAGCAUAUUCACGCGUCUGAGGUGAUGCAGAUGCGAAUGAAGAUCGAUACGGGCAGCGGUAGAUGCAAGGAUGCAAGUGCAACUGUCAGCACGAUCGCGCAAUUGUCUUCUCCGACAACGCGCCGGAAGAGCAGCAAGAGCACGAUCUCGGACGACGAUCUGGAGUACAUACACAGUGUCGAUCUUGGCUUUGAAUCCGCGAACUUGGAGCGGAAUGACGCUAAUGCGAUGAAAUCCUUAACGAGGGGAAGCAACGACGGUUGCCCGCGCAGAAGGCACAGCAGGCAUACGUUGUCUUCCGACGAUGAUUUGGAGCAUGUUCAACUGUCGGAAGUCCGUGAGCUGGAACUUGACGCGGCGGUGAGAUUGUCGCAAAGAGAAUCUCUACAGGAAGCAACGUCGGCAGAGCAGCAAGGAACAAAGUCUAGAUCGGGUAAGAGACGGAAGGAUAUCAUGGUGAUCGAGAAGAACGAUGCGGAAGCCGCGGAGGCUGCGGAGGUCACUGUGAUAUACAACCCGCUGGAAGACAUGUGGUCAAAGUUGGAGGAGACCGAAAAGUGCGAUUUCGCCGAUCAUUUCAAGGAAAAACCGGAUGGACCGUACCCGAGCCCCACGAAAAGGUCUAAGAAUCGCGGUACGAAAGCAACGAGUUUCUCGUCGUCCUCGUUGCUACCUGCCAAGCGAGUUUCUCAGAGCACCGAUACCGACAUAGUCGAGAUUAUCGAUAUCGAUGCGAUGCAGAAGGCAGAUAUGGAUGCCGAUGCAACGCCGGAGUGCAAGAUUCUACCUGUCGUUACCGGGCCGCGUAGCCGAAAGUCUCGCAAGAGCAAGCGGUCACAGUUGGACGGUCAGUCCCAGGAAAACAAUUCGACGGAGCUUCCUGUUUCUGCGCCUCUACCUUCGUUCCGUUCUUCCAAGGUGAAAAUGGCGGAGUUGCAGGAGGCCGUGCAGGAAGCCGUGCAGGAGGAGUCGUUUAUAGAACUCGGUUCCAGGAGUCAGGAAUCGAAGGCUCAGACACCGCCUUUGACAGAGAUAUCUUGGAGCUCUAUCGUCAAGAAGAGCAUCUCCCCUUCCUCGGACUCGCAAGAAGUCCGCAAGGAAACCGAUCUCGAGCCAUUGAUCGAAGUGGAGGAGAGAUCGGAGAGCGGCGAGCAUGUGAGAAAAUUCGACGAAGCGGAACUUCAUGCUAGGGACGAUCUUACGUUCUAUGAAUCUGCGGGAAGUCCGACGCGCGAACGCGAGAGUACACGACGACGUGCCUGCAGGUCUAAGCAGGAAGAGGAUGAUGACGAAGAACUCUUCGGUGAGAGGGAUAACAUCGAUGUGACGAAGACGGCGGCGACGACGAUGGUGAAGGAGAAUAUCCUCGUAGACAUUCACGCACCGAUCAUAGACGAAGAGCCUCGCACGGACACGGAUGUCACGUGCGUCGCAACUGCUCUGACGCGAGCUAAGAUCUCUCGGGACAAGGGGGAUAACAAAGCGACGGAGGAGCGCAGUCCUCUCCUCGCCUCGGAAGUACCACGAUCCGUCGUCGACGAGACACGUCGAGGUGGUAGCCAGUCGGUGGCCAGUUACGAGGACCUGAGCUCCAGCAGUUUCAGCUCCGCUAGCAGGGCAUCCCUGGACGCGAGAAGUUCACCGACGCCGUCGUACGGUGCUGAGAACAUGAUGGUGUUCCCCGGUGAUAGUAGCGGCUCCAUUUGAGAUUAUUUGAGAUGCGCAGCCAUGCUGCCCAAGUGGCUGCGCUGCCUCAGGUAAAGAGAGAGCGGUACAAGGAAGAAGAGGAAGGAGAAAAGGUAGAAGAAGAGAAAGAAGAGGAGUUCUCUGCGGAAGAGGAGAGUCCUUGCUUCGAAGGGGAGAGGCCGCUCCGUUGCGCCUCUACGAUCACUCUGUCUUUCCAAAAGACCGUCGACCACACAAAACUCUGUUUUUUCUAAAGUUCCGCUGACACGCGAGAUACAUCACGUAGUGAGACGGACGAGAGGCGCGAAGUGCGUCAGCGGAAUGGAUAAAUAAAAUGAGGACAAUUGCGCGCAUAUGUGCGUGUAUGUAUGUAUGUGUGUGCAUGUAUGUAUACGUAUGCACGUAUGGAUGUUUAAAAUGAGAGAUGAAGGAAAGUGUUAAGUCGAAGGAAAAAGAGUAGAUGUUAAGGGGAAGGUGAGAACCAUGCAAGCGAACUUUGGCCGCGACUUUGCUACGGGGCGCGUGCGUAUGCACAGAAUGCGUUUUCCUUGCCGUGAGAGUCGCGCGCGUUAUUGCCAUUAUCUUAUUUCCUCUUGUUAUUGCCUCUUCGCCUACUCCGUUCGCUUACUCCUGCGCGCGAUCACGCGGGGGUACGAUGCUCUCCUCUACGUAAAACCCUUCGCAAGAGGCACGUAGAAAGCUAGUGUCGUCCGCGUAUAUCCGCGCGUUCUACAAAGAUGUAAGGGAAGAAAGGGGAAAAAAAAAAAAACAAAGUCCGCGCUUCGCGAGAGCCGCGACAAUAUUUCGUUUCUCGACCUCUCGGUCGCGCUACACUGAUAUCUAAGAGACUAUUUUACGGUAAAGUUAUGCUGAUUAUUAAUCCCUAUAUAUUUUUGUACUUUUUGGUAUAUCUCUCCCCGUGGACGCACGCACGCACGCACGAGGUAUAUCGUACCCUUGCCCCCCUGUCCCCCGAAUCUGCAAUCUGCAUUUGUGAUAAUUGCAUUUUGUACACUCUCUCCUCGUGCAAUUCGUCGGUAUCCAAUGCUCGCGAUUUGUUGUUCGAAUACACGAAUAUUUUCGUGAUUUUCGUGAAUGUAGUUUCUUCCCGCUCUACUCGCGUUCUCUCGUUGGCAUGUCGAUCGAUUCGGAUCAUUCUCAAAUGAUUUGUUUAUAUAUAUAUAUAUAUAUAUAUAUAUAUAUAUAUAUAUAUAUAUAUAUGGAUGCAAUAAGUGAUAACACGGUAUCUUAUCAAAUUGAUUACAAAUUUCACAUUGCUAUAAAAAAGAAAACUAGAUUGGUAAUAAUCAUCGAUUUCUCUUCAAUCCUGAUGAGAAUCGAGAUCAAUGAGUUUCAAUUGGAUUCAUUAAACACAUCAUUUGUUAAUCACAUAAAUAUGAUGUAAAUAACAAAGUAAAUAUUUUUAUUAUAUGUUUGCACGGCAAAGGCGCAUCGUUUGAGGGUGGUUUAACGCGGCACGAGGGAGAUCGCCACGCCGAAAACCAGGGAAACCACCAAGUUUCAUCGAGUUCAUUUCUGCUCCAGCGCUCGUUCGUGAGCAACCAAUCUGUCUUUCGCGCGGUUCCAGAUCGAACGGAGGAUUCUUGAGGUUUUUAAAAUAUCAGCAACUGGAUGAGAUGUGACCGAGGUUUAGCUAAUACUAGGUAUAGAAAAUCCUCGAAAGGACAUCGCGAGAAACAUAAAGUGUACGAUGUAGCGCGCCAGAGUAUACCACAAAAACUUGGCAAUUUAUAUAUAAAUAGAUGUUGUUUCUCUCUCUUUUUCAACAAUUAUACAGACCCAAAACAAAAACGUAAUCUCGAGCAGCAGAUUUUCUGAAACCUCCCCGGACGCCGGCGGUCUGCCCAGUUUUCGUGGAAUACCCAGCGAUUCUUCUUUUUUCUAAGUGAUAUAUCUAAAAUAAUGAUUAGCGAAUAGCGCGCGCGAUCGGUGCCAUCUGGACUCGAAGAGGCGGGAGGUAGCAUAGAUUAAUUGUUAAAUAUUUGCGUGCGAGACUUUUAUAGUAUGAUCUCCGUUGUGCGUACGCGUAAGCGACGAGUAGUUUUUAUAUAGUUGAGCAACAAGGACACGGCGUAUGUGUUAAACAGAAAAGUGUAAUAGCUGCUUGGUAGAGACGUUCUCAUCGUAUUUUCGAAGCAGAUUUCAAUAGUCUCGCUUUGCUCAAUCCUCUCCCUCUCUACCUUCAAUUUUCUACCUUUUACCUUUUCUAUCUAUAUCCUUUAUCUUCACUUUUCACCUCUUUUCCGCCGCAACGCCGAAAUGUAUCGAGCUAUAUGAAAGUAACGUGUGAAAAAAAAAAACUUGUAAGCGUAACAGGUACUCGACCAGGCGUUAUUAUCGCGUCUGCUUUUAAGGAAGCGAGUCAACUCUCUUCAAAGGGAGAUUAGUAAGCGUUUUAGAAGAUAUAUUUAGGAUGUAUGUCAGAGAACGUAGGCAAGACCUUAAUCUCGUACUUUCGAUGAUAAAGAGUUUUAGUACGCGGAUUUAUCGUGCCGACGUAUAUAUGCACGCGUGUCUGUGUCACCAGCACACCGAGCUAGGAAACAGUGUUCUAAUUCCUGGAUGCAUAAACAUUUUAAUGCGAGAAGUAAUAUUGAUUUUCUUCGUAUCGAGUAUCAUCGAAGAAGACGGUUAAAAAUUUCAAAAAAAAAAAAUCUUUGGGAAAGGGAAGAGACUUAAUUGAGGAAAUACUGAGUAAAGAAAGUAAAUGAGAUCUCGAAGUAAAGUCGAGAUCUUUAUGCGUCCAAGAAUUGAAUCGCGUUCUCAUUGCUGCACCGAAUCAAAUACGCGGCGCGUGGCAUUACACGUAUAUUUUUCUACCUCUUAUUUUUCCGAUAGAGCCACUGAGAAAAUUAGGCAGGACGAGUCCGCAGGCUCCGAUGCGCGAUGCGAGAUAGCACAGAAUCGUAGAUAAUAACAAUUACUGUAACGAUAACUUAUAGAUAUAUGUAUAGAAUGAUUAUAUCCCCUGGAUAUCCCCACGCUCUCGAGAGACGAUUAGGGAUCCUCGAUGUAUCGGGAAAUCUCUCGCAUCCUGAUUCUCGCUUUAUACUUACACGGAGGUUUUUAGUCAACAGACAAAUCAAUUUUAUAUCACUGUUGUUUGUGACACGAGGUGCACGGAUUUCGGAAGAAAAAGCGAUGCGGAUGCAGAUAUCUCCCAGUGCGAAACUGAAUUUGCAAAAGAACAAGAUAUCUCGUCGUUUUUCCAUUUUUUAAAUUUGAUACGGUAAUACAGUUUGUAGGAUGACUUAUCGUCGCUUGGCGAAAUCGAAAUUUAUAGCUUGCAAAGUGAGUAUCUUAUCUUAAGAUAGAAUAGCUCCUCACGGUGUCUUUCGAAAGAGAAGAACAGGAGGUUGUUCAAU